GACACUGCUUUUGUACUCACGUAUGUACGUCAGUGGCCAAUCCAAAGAAAAGCGUCUGUUUUCUUUUGUAAAAUCAAGUAGAUUUUUGGAUCGUGGUUUGAACUAGAAGUAUAGUGAUUGUAUUUAUUCUAACCCAGUAAUUUUGACCUCUAAGUAGAUUAGUUUAAUUAUUAUAUACUUUACAAUAAUCAUGUCGAGUACAUCGCAAAAGCACAGAAACUUUGUCGCGGAACCUAUGGGCGAGAAAUCCGUAACGGAUCUCGCAGGUGUUGGAGAAGUUCUUGGGAAAAGAUUAGAAGUGGCAGGAUUUGACAAGGCUUACGUGGUUUUAGGCCAAUUUUUGGUUUUGAAGAAAGACAAAGAGCUCUUCCAAGAAUGGAUGAAAGAAACAUGCAGUGCUAAUUCCAAACAAUCCGCAGACUGUUAUCAAUGUUUGAAGGACUGGUGUGAUGAAUUUUUGUAAACACAUGCAUUUUUUAUACAUAUAUAAUGUAAAUAAGUGUAAUAAGUACAUAAGUCUGGAUUUGGUAAUUUUUAUGUGCAUUCUUUUCUAUUCCACAAUGAUCCAUAUUCAUAGAAUAAAUAAUCCUAUAAUGUUAAAUAAAAUAUGUAAUAGGUAAUUUUUGUGAAGUGUGAACCAAAUAUAUUAAACAAUAAUAAUAUUAUUUUCUUUA